AUGAUAAAAAUUGUAGAUCCAGCCCAUGCACAAUCAUUCCAAACAAAAUCAUUAAAACCAAUUUUUAUUAGAUUUCCAAUUCUGAAUAAUAUAGUAAAACAACAAGCCACCAAACAAGAAUGGCGUGAACAUGCUUUAUUAAAUCAUUCCAUUGAAAAUUUGGACACCUCACUUUCAGUAGAAGAUUAUUGGAGCCGUGUUUUCAACAUCAAAAAUGCAGCAGGCACUAAACUUUUUAACAAUUUAAAAGUAGUAAUUAAGUUGUUACUUGUACUUCCCUUUUCUAAUGCUUCAGUUGAAAUAGUGUUCAGCACACUACAUUUGUGUAAAACUACAUAUAGAAAUAGAUUGAAAACUGAAACCUUACGUGCAAUUAUGACUACAAAAGAUGGAAUAAAAUCAGAAAAAGGAAUUGUUGCUUUUAAUCCAAGUAAAGCUAUGCUAAAUGAAAAACUUUGGUCUUAA